CUCUCUUUCCACCCACCUUCGCUUCGAUACCUUUCUCCUUAUUAAACAAUCAGAAUCCCUCUCCUUAUUAUACAAAUCAACCAACCACCCAUACAUACAUACAUAUCCACCCAACUUCCUUAUUUCCAUUAUAAACUUCCCAAGUGGCCUUCUGUGCAAUUUUCAAACCUUUCAAACUUCAAAAAAAAAAAACUCAACUUUAUAUAUAUUCUUGAUGUCCAUUUGUCCUUUACAUUAUCAGUUUUAUCCAUAAAGGCUAAAACAGGUCAUCACUUGAUCCACUCCAUACAUUCAUCAAGAAACCCCAACUCCCAAAUGGAAACAAGUAAGAAAAGGCCUUUGAUCAAUGAGUUAACUCAAGGAAAAGAGUUAACUAACCAGCUUAAAGAUUAUCUUGAUAAACCCAUGUCAGCUGAAGCUUGUGAGUUUCUUGUUGAAAAGAUACUUUCUUCAUACGAAAAAGCACUUUCUAUGCUCAAUCGGGGAAUUGUUUUUGAUGAAUCACAAACGCCACUUUCUUUUGGUGAAAUCAGUCCAACGACUGAUGUUUCUGAUCUUGCAGAUUCCGAUUCCAAGAAUGUCUUUAAGAAAAGGAAAACAAUGGCGAAAUGGAGUGAACAGGUGAAAGUGUGUUCGGGGACGAUGGUGGAAGGCCCUCUUAGUGAUGGAUAUAGUUGGAGAAAAUAUGGUCAAAAAGAUAUCUUAGGUGCUAAUCAUCCAAGGGCAUAUUAUCGAUGCACCCAUCGACACGUACAAGGUUGUUUGGCAACAAAACAAGUACAAAGAUCAGAUGAAGAUUCAUCUGUCUUUGAAAUAACGUAUCGAGGGAGACAUACGUGCAUGCAAGCGACUCAACUAUCGAAAGCAUUAGAGAAAACCCCGAAACAAGAACAAGAAAAUAUUCAUGUCGAAAAACCAACACAAAAAACGCAUAUGGAACGUGGGUUUAGCUUCAAAUCUAGUAAAGGAAUGAAUACUUGUGAGGAUGGAUUGUUUCCUUCUUUUAAGUUUGAUUCAACACCAAUUGAAACCGAAAAAUUGGAGAAUCUUUUCUAUUUAGGAUGUGAUUCGACAGCUUUUAUCGCUUUUAACCACAAUUUGCAUAAUUCGGAUUCCGACGUUAGUGAGAUGAUGAACUCAACACCAAAUUCAGGAAGUAAUUCGCCCAUGAUGGACAUGGGAUUCUCGCUUGAUUAUGUGGAUUUUGAUGGUGACAUUCUUUUUGACAUCACAGACUUGGAGAAGUUUGUCUAAAACACUGUCUGUUGUUGUUAUUGUUAUUGCAACCGUUGAUUGUAAGACGACAAAGGGAGAGAAUAGAAAGGAAGUACAAGUUUUUCGGUUCUUUUUAGGAAUUUAUAGUUAGAUAUGUUUAGAGUAAGCAAUCCACUCUACUAUCUUCCUUUUUCUUGAAUGUAUAUUAUUUUUCAAGAUAGGUAUUAAAGUUGUAUGUUUUCUAGCAAUUUUGCCCACAAAUAAAAUUGUAUUUGUAGGCUUAAUAUUGUUAUUGUUUGAUCUAAAAUAGAAAUAUAUUUAUAACGAGUAAAUAUGUAAAAGAAAGACAAUAAAAUAUGAAAUGAGUAUCAAAGUCGCACUUCUUUC